CCCACUUCCUGUACCAGGCGAAGGCCGAGUGCCGCUUCCUCAACGGGACGCGGCGGGUGAGGCUCCUGAACAGGUACAUCUACGACCGGCAGGAGUAUCUCCGCUUCGACAGCGCCCGCGGGGAGUUCCAGGCCGUCACGGCGCCCUGGCAGGCGCUUGCCCAGGCUUGGAACAGGGAUGAGCGCCUCCUGCAGUACUGGAAGGCCGGAGUGAAUCGCUUCUGCCGAAACAACUACGAGGUUGCCCAGAGCAUUUCUGCGGUUGGCCGGAGAGUCAAGCCCACCGUCUCCAUCUCCCCCACCAAGCUGGAUUCUGCUUCCCCCAACAUCAUCCUUCUCUGCACCGCGAAGGGCUUCUACCCCGUGGAGAUUGAGGUCCGGUGGCUGAAGAACGGGCGCCCGGAGGAGGAGGGCAUGGCCUUCGGGGAGGAGCUCCAGAACGGAGACUGGACCUACCAGCUCCAGGUGAUGCUGGAGACCCAGCCCCAGUGGGGGGAUGUCUACACCUGCCAGGUGGGGCACGCCAGCCUGGAGGCCCCGAUCACCGUCCAGUGGGAGCCCCGUUCCUCCAACUCUGCCAGGAGGAAACUCUGGACGGGGAUCGUGGCAGCCGUGAUCGGUGUGAUAUUCUUUGCCAUGGGGCUCUCCCUCUACCUGAAGAGCAAG